AUGUACACCGAAGUUAAAGAACUCGUGAACUUCCUCGCAAAGUACUUAAUCGGAAGGAUUCCUCGUCGUCCAGCGAGCCUCUUCACCUGCCAACUUGCAAAUUUUCUGAUCUGUCGAUUUCGCGAACAUAAAUGGGAUUUGAAUGAACCGUCGAAAGAUGAGCAGCAUCGGGUAGUGAGAUCGAAAGUCAACGGAUUCACAGAUCAGCUGAUAAUUUCAGCUGCUACAGAGAUGGGACUAUGUCCUGACGAAGUGUUGGAAUGCCUCCCAGACAAUAUCUUAUUAUUCGCGAAUCCAGGAGAAGUGUUUUAUCGAGCAGGAGAAAAUGCAGCCGCUGUCCCUAUUUGGACGGGCGAAAAAGGAGUUGAUCCAGACAUUAGUUACUGCUCUUUACCUGCGUUCGUCACUAAUCCGGCAUGUGCUGCUGCGUCACCAACAUCGAAUAUGGGAGCAGCUGGAAAGCCAUUUUACGUGGGCAGAUCUCGCAAAACUGAUGCAGCUUUCGAAAUUGAAGACGCGUACGUGCAACUAAAGCUAGAACCUGCUCAUUCAGCUAGCACUGACGACAACGUCCUUCUUCCACAGUCAGACUUGAUGAUGUUUUCGUAUACACCAAAGAAUCAUGUCUCUUAUACUAUCAAAGAGUUCUCGGCAACGCGAUUUGGCAGUCAUCGACAACGACCUGACCAUGAUGUGAUGAAACGCAUUCAGAGACAGGCAGCUAACCGUGGGGCAGGAUUUCCCACUAAUUCAGGUUCGAACAGUUCAAAAACGCGUACGGGUUUGCUUGAAGCUGGCGAUGGACCUGAACUAAAGAACACGGCUGCUCCUAGACCUACGUUUCCGAAAUCGUCAACAAGCCAAGGAGAUACUACGGAUUUCUACGAUGCACGGUGCGACAUAAAAUUGCUGCAGAUGGCUGACAUUGAGACUCUGAAGACUCUCACAUCAGAACAACGUGAGGCACUCGUAAACAUCAUUCGAAAUAGUUCUAUGCUGGAUCACUCACUGAGCCAUCUACAGCAAGCGCUAGUAGGUCCACAAGUUGUUCACAACGCUGGACUUCCAAGACUACCUACUAUUAGUCCGGUUACAACUAGUGUAACGACUCCAAGCAUUGCUGAAUUAGCAUUUUCCCACUACGGAACGAACCCAAUUACUACUGCUGCGUCUGCACUCUCUCGCCGUCACAAUGCGAAACGUCGUUCAAGCAACCAUAAUUCGUCGUGGAUUGUUUGA